AUGUGCGGGAUCUUCUUCUCCCUCCGAAGUGCGGUUUCUCAGGACGACGGCAACGAGACUUCAGCCUCAAACCUCUCGCAACUUCUGGGAAAACUCCAGCUUGCAAAUGCUGCUCGUGGUUUGUGCGCAUAUACCAAUCUUGCUCCAGAGACUCAGCCUCGCCGUGCUACAGGCCCAGACGCGCAGGAAACUGUGCAUAUAACCGUCCAGAGAAUUGCAUUGACCUUUUUUGCAUCCGAGCUGCGAUUGAGGGGAGAGGCGGCCGUUGCGCAACCGCACAUUGACCCUGACGGAAAUGUUCUGUGUUGGAACGGAGAAAUAUUCGAGGGCAUGUCUAUCGCGCCCGAUGAGAAUGACGGCAAGGAGCUCUCAGCCCUUCUCCAAACACGAAAAACACCGGAAGAAAUACGAGACGUCUUGGGCAGCAUCGAGGGACCCUAUGCCGUUGUGUAUUAUCAGAAAUCUUCUCGACGUAUCUACUUCGCACGGGAUCCUCUCGGCCGACGGUCUCUGUUGAUCCACAAACCGACUAGGGCGAAUCCUUACUUCUUGUUGACAUCAGUGUCAGCAGGAGCUCACCCAGCGUAUAAUCUAGAGGAACUUCCGACAGAACAGAUAUACUGUCUCGAUGCCGCCGAGCUGGGCAGCGGAGAAAGUGUCGAGGCUAACUUUCAGCGGUGCUUUGAGACAAUUCCUCGGCACGGAUAUGAGUUGAAUGUGCCAUUUGUAAGCUAUCUUUGGACAAAACGUUUCCCCUUUUCCCUUCCGAGCAUACUCACAUAUGCAGGAUCUCAGGCUAGACUUCCUAAGGUCAACGUUCAACUGCCCGAUGAUCCCCCAAUGGUGCAAGACUUGGAUCAUAUCCCAGCGCACCUGUCAUUCGCAGUGGAUGAAUUGACGGCCCACUUAGACAGGAGCGUAAUGCUCAGAGUGCGCAACAUACCUAGGAGCAGCGCGUCUUCUGGGCAAGCCAAAGUGGCCGUCCUUUUCAGCGGGGGUAUAGACUCUACGAUGUUGGCAUUCUUAGCCAGUCGUCAUGUAGAUCCGGACGAGCCCAUUGACCUCCUGAACGUUGCAUUUGAGAACCCACGGAAAAUCUCCGUGCAAGUGGAGGGAAACAUCGGCGGGCUGCCAAAGCGGGAAAAGAAGCAGAAACUGCGGGACCCGCUCGACUACUCUACGGUGCAAGUCUCUUACGACGUACCGGACCGGCUGACAGGGCUCAAGGAAGUUGAGGAGUUAAGGAGGUUGUGUCCAGCUAGGGUGUGGAAUUUUGUCGAGAUUAACGUUCCCUACGAGGAAUCUCAAGGCGCUCGGUCAAUCGUCGAAGCACUUAUGUUUCCCGGUCGAACAGUUAUGGAUCUGAGUCUUGCAGUCGCGUUGUACUUUGCUGCAAGAGGUGUCGGCCAAGUUCGGAGUUGUCCAGGAGCACCUGCGCAGCCGUACACAACGCCUGCUCGCGUACUCCUCAAUGGACUGGGCUCUGACGAGCUCCUCGGUGGGUAUGGCCGCCAUCGCACGGCGUUCAAGGCGGCUGGGUGGCAGGCAAUCGUAGACGAGCUACAGCUGGAGCUUGAUCGAAUACCGACAAGAAACUUGGGCCGAGAUGACCGGGUCAUCUCAUCCCACGGCAAGGAAACACGACAUCCCUUUCUCUCCCUCUCUGUCGUCUCCUUCCUCGCCCGGCUACCGGUGCACAUGAAGACGGAUCCGAGGUUAGAGGCGGGGCUGGGGGAGAAGUUGCUCUUGAGACUGGCGGCGAGGAAGGUGGGGCUGAUAGAGGCGAGCGCGAGGAAAAAGCGGGCUAUGCAGUUCGGCAGUCAUUCUGCGAGAAUGAUACCAGGAGAGGGUGACCGGAAGGGUGAUCUACUUUUGAACCGAUAG